UCUGUAGGGAUACGUAGAGAAGGGGAGGCCGGGAAACAACCAAAGCAGCGUGCAUGAGAUGAGAGAAUCUCCGGCGGGCGACCGGCUGAGCAACCUGCCGGACUGCCUCCUCCACAGCAUCCUGUCCCGUCUCAACUGUCGGCAGGUGGUGCAGACCCUAGCGCUCUCGCGGCGAUGGCGACACCUCUGGCUCGACGUGCCGUGCCUCCACAUCGACACCCGAGAGUUCCGGAUCCGAUCUGCGCAUGAAAACCAGCACCAACACGGGAACAGGAUCGAGCAGCAGAAGGAGCGGGAGGUGGAGUUUGGCAAGUUCGAGGACUUCGUCGACUACCUCCUGUUCCACCGCAGCGCCGCCAGGUCGACGCUGGAUACCUUGCGGCUGCACAUCCAUGACAACUUUGGCCGGAUCACGACCUACGGCCGGUGGGUUCGCCGCGGCCUCAGGUGCUCCCCGGAAACGCUCGACGUCUCCCACGGCGGAGAGCGCGAAGUUGUCGUGUUACCUCCGCUGUCUUCCUCCUCCGGUGCCCAUCGCCUCACAAAGCUACGCCUUGUUCGCGUGCUCCUCCCCUGGAAUUUCGAGGAGCUGCUCAGCUCGGGCCUUCCCGUCCUGGAAGACCUGGAGAUCAGGAGCAGCUCGUUGCACGGGGUCUCCGGUAUCGCGUCCACCAGUCUCAAGAACCUCAUUGUCGACCCCUACAGCUGCACUGCAGACUAUGGCAACCUGAGCACCGCCUUUGCUGUGGUCGUCCCACGCCUCGCCUCUCUGCACCUCGGCCUUGAGCAAUGCGGCAGCUACAGGAGCCAACGGUACCGUGAUAUCACCGUGGCGCCUUCUCUUCUUCUCCAAGCAUCCAUCCGCCUCUCAGCCAAGAUGGAUGAUGAGAAACCGGAGGUGGCUGCAUACUUGCUAACAACCUUGUGCAAGCUUCUCAGCUCUCUAUCCAACGUUAGUAGAUUGGAGUUGUCAGGCUUCCAGAAAACAAUGGUAGCCAAGCGCACGUCACAUGCACCUCCUCCGUCUGCAUAUCCUGGGUCUCCAUUUUGGACAGCUCCCCAUCCUUUUCAGGGGACCGCGGCGGCGAUACUUGUGGCGAUACUAGACAAGGAUCAUUAUGGCUUACCAGUAUUCGAUAACCUAAGAACCCUUAUCUUUGAUAAAUGUGUGAUGGGCAACAUCAUCAACACAUUACGUCAUUUUCUGACAUACACCCCUGUCAUCGAGAAGCUUCUUGUGCAACAUUGCAAGUGCGGAAAGUUUGUGGUUUCUUCGGAAGAGAAGAAGCAACAAGAGAGCCGAAAGCUGAGUGCAGCCUCCAGCCUGAAGCUAGUAGAAAUUAAGUACAUAGAUGAUGAUCGUCAUGACGACCGUCUAGGAAGAGGACAAGGUACUCGACGCAUCAAUAAGAUUUUGCCCAUGCUAGAAGAGAUGCUGCCGGCAACCACCAUUAUCCGAGCUACCAGAGAUGAAAAAAACGCAUCCAUGGCCUGGAAUGAGCCAUGGAAUGUCGACUCCUCAAGCGACAGCGACACCAGCAGUCCCGCUUUAAGCGAGGAUUUGGGUACGCCGCCACUGCCCGACACCAGCAGUCCCGCUUUAAGCGAGGAUUUGGGUACGCCGCCACUGCCCUUCGUCCCUUACACUUUGGACGACUUCAACUUUAUCAAGGUCAUCGAAGGGACAAAGGAGACCGACUCAGAGUUGGAGUAUCCCAGGUUAGAGGAGGAGUUGGACAAGGACAACGACGACCAUCCGAUGGUCAGCAGCAAGCGUCCUCGCCCAGAUGAUGACCCGGAUGGGGCAUCCAAGAAGAAGAAGGACUAG